AUGAAGGGAGCUAUUUUCGCCGCCGCCGCUUUGGUCGGCUCUGCCAUGGCCGAUGGUGUUCACCGUCGCCAUGACGCUUUCCACCAGCGUCGCGAGGCUUCAGCCAGCGUCUGGUCCUCCGCCGUCCCUACCCCCGAGGAGACCUGCGGCUGCACCACCAAAGUCAUCACCUACUACGGCUCCGCUACCCUGGUCCCCGUUGAGACUGUUGCUCCUCCCUCUUCUACUUCCACUUCCACCCCCACCUCUACUCCCACCCCCGAGUCCACCAGCACUCUCACCAGCACUGUGCGCUCUACCAGCACCAGCACUCUGACCGUGACUGUCUCGCCUUCAUCCUCCAAGGCCCCGGUUGCCUCUAGCACCGCCGUUGCUAGCACUCCCGCCGUGCAGCUGCCCACCCCCGGUGUUAGCACUUACUCCACCACCGGUGUCUACACCAUCCCGGCCACCACCAUCACCGUCCACGACACCACCACUGUCUGCGGUGCCACCUCCACUGAAGUUCCCAGCGGCACCCACACCUACGGUGGUGUCACCACCAUUGUCGAGACUGCCACCACUGUCGUCUGCCCCUACGCCACUGUCAAGCCCUCCGGCAGCACCGUGACCAGCGUCAUUGAGACCACCACCUACGUCUGCCCCUCGGCUGGUACCUACACUGUUGUGCCUCCUACCACCACCACUGUGCCCACCAGCACCGUUCUGGUCUACCCCACCCCCCAGACCAUUGUCCCCGGUACCUACACCCAGGACGAGUCCGUCGUCACUGUGACCCGCACCGACUACACCUACAUCUGCCCUGCUCCUACCAACACCCUGGCCUCGACCACCGCCCCCGCUGUGCCCACCACUGUUGCUGCCACCACCACUGCCGCUGCUACCACCACUGCCGCUCCCGUUGUCAGCACCACCAGCUCCAGCUCCAGCGCCGCCAGCACCUCCUCCACCAGCAAGCCCACCUCUGUCCCUACCGUCCUCGGUGAGGGCCAGUACGGUAUGACUUACUCUCCCUACACCUCAGGUGGUGCGUGCAAGACCAAGCAGGAGGUUCUCAAGGACCUUACUGUCAUCAAGGGCAAGGGCUUCAACCUGAUCCGUGUCUACUCCACUGACUGCAGCGGUCUCGAGUUCAUCGGUGACGCCUGCAAGGAGCUCAGCCUCAACAUCAUCAUGGGUGUCUACAUCGACGGCUCCGGUACCUCCGGUGCCCAGGAGCAGGUCACCGAGAUCGCCAAGUGGGCCGAGUGGGACAUGGUCGAGCUGAUCGUUGUCGGUAACGAGGCCAUCCAGUCUGGCUUUGUCGACGCCUCUACCCUGACCUCCUUCAUCAAGUCCGCCUCCGAGAGCUUCAAGUCCGCUGGUUACACCGGUCUGAUUACCACCACCGAGCCCAUCAAUGUCUGGCAGCAGCACGGCGCUGGUGUUCUUUGCAGCGCUGUUGACGUCGUCGGUGCCAACAUCCACCCCUUCUUCAACGCCGAUGUCACCCCCGAGAAGGCCGGUGAGUUCACCAAGGGCGAGUUCGAAGAGCUCGAGAAGAUCUGUGGUGGAAAGGACGUCAUCAACCUCGAGACUGGCUGGCCCAACGCCGGUAGCUCCAACGGUGCUGCUGUCCCUGGUACCGCUGAGCAGGCCACUGCCAUCAAGUCCAUCGCCAAGGCCGUUGGCUCCAAGUCCAUCUUCUUCUCCUACUCCGAUGACACCUGGAAGAACCCCGGUGAGUUCAACGUUGAGCAGCACUGGGGUUGCUCUGGAGUCUUCUAA